AUGCAGGAGGAGCUCGUGGAUAGUAUUCGCAGCUUCUCGAUAUCGGAUGACCCACUGUCUACCGCCACCGCACAAACCUUUGUCGAUGCUUUUGCGCCGCUUUCUCACGUACAAGGUGGUCGAUUGAGUCAACCAUUGACGUAUAAUGAUCAUGCAUCGGCUCUUGUCAACCUCAAACAGGCGCGCAGCACCGCGCUACUUACGCUCGCCUCGCGCUCCUCCUCAACAAAUGUCCGUGUCCCAUUCAAGAGUAGCAAACCGGACACGACUCGUGCCAAUAACAUCGACGAGAACAUUGCGCAGCUUUUGACACCCGUCAUACGAUCAAGGCUGGCCGAUACAACACCACAUAGCCUCCUUUCGGCUCUCAACUUUUUCUCAGCUCUGUUCAGCGUGCUUGCCAAUGAAGCGCAUGACAUUCUCAUUGCAGACGGAAUACUCAAUCUGGUGCUCGAGGCCCCCGAAGCAUGCAAUGCCCUUACACAGCGCCGCAAAGGCAACCAGAAUCAGACAGCACACUCGAUCUGGGCACUCUCGGACGAGACGCUUGUCAGCUUGGCAGUAGCAGAGCUGUUCUCUGCCGCCGCAAAUUCCAACGCUACACGAAAAUACCUUGCUGGGCAGCAAGCUGUUCUCGAUUGGCUUGACAUUGCCAGCGUAUCACACGGCACUACAAGUUCGUCCGAGAAACAGCGUAGCUCAGAUGCAGUCGCCAUCGUUGCCGGUCUCGCUGACAUCAAAGUGUAUCGUGCGACUGACUCUGAGGCUGUGCAUGGCCUCUCACAAGUAGCAUCAGCCCAACCAACAUCGCAACAGGACCACGUCCGCCAAAUCCAAGAGGCCAGAUUGCAACGUAGGAGAAAGGACGAGGCGCUCUAUCGCACAGUUCAUGACGAACUGCUUGCCAAUGUAUCUCAGCCUUGCCAGUCGCCAUCUCAAGCACCUUGCGUCGAAAUUUCUCAUACAGAGAUCCGACGAACCGUUGAGCUCAGCUGCCUGGAAGUGUUGGCCUAUCUCACUGUCCAGCCGACUUUCAAGGAGCGCAUCACAGUCGAUCGGCAGCUUCUCCAAGUACUAUGCACAAGCUUUGACCUCAUUCCGCCAAACGCAUCGGAGCGCAGCCAAACGUUGGGCAUCGACAGUCAAAGGUUCGAUGGCGCGCUUCAGCUUGGUCUUGCCACCAUCCUGUCCAACAUCACCGCAUAUCCACCCAUUCUCACCGCCGAGGAGAGGCAGGUACGUCGUCUUCGGAAGUUUGCCGAUGCUCAGGGCGAAAAGCAAGGUGGCAGCCAACCACAGGAGCAAGACGAGCUCGAAACGACGGCCUCAGUAGAACAGAGAUGCACCGCGGUAUUCGAAGCUAGAGGCGUAGAAACACUCUGUGCGAUCGCUGUUACUGGGCCUCAUCCCUCUUCUGGAAAGGCUGCAGCGGAUGCGACAGCAAAUAACUCUGGCUGGCAGUUCAAUCCAAGCAAAAGCGUACGUCGAGCCUGCGGUUCCGCUUUGCUAGCGCUGCUGACCAAGCAAGAUCGCAUCAUGCGUGGCAAGGCUGUGCAACAGGGAGCGCUCAAGGCAGCUCUGGCUCUUUCAGCUCCCGUUUUGCACACGUUGCAGGCGUCUCGGUCGAAAUCAGAAGGUCUCUUCGCACGCUCCUCAGAAGAAUCGACAGCCGUCGAAAUCACCUCGGACGACCUGGCACCAUUGCAGGCGCUGGCCAAGCUAUUGAUCUCUUUGAAUCCUAGCCUACUCUUUCCCUCUACGGACGGCCUUGUGUCAGUAGCAUCGCUCAUCUGCAGCCUUUUGCUGUGUCAAGCAGCGUCUCGAUUGCAGAAAUUCGAAUCACUGCUUGCACUCACCAAUCUGGCAUCGCUCUCGGCCGAUGUCUGCAUGAGAAUUGCCACAUUCUCUCUAGAGCCUACCGGGGGAAAAACAGGCGAAACGCAAGAUGGAAGCAAGUUAUUCAGCACCACAUCGGUCCUUGCACAGGCAUGCGAGCAACUGCUCUUGGAGGAUCAUACCAUGGUGCGCAGAGCCUGGAUUGAGCUGCUUGUCAACCUGUUGCAGGUCGAACCGGUGUUGACCUAUUUUGUCGCUACGGAACGUCGAUCGGCAGCAAGCUUGGCGCAAGAGAUAGCAGACGAACCGCAAGACCGACUCAGCUUGCGUCUCAGGGUGCUUCUCGGUCUCUCAGAGGCAGACGACUGGGCAUACAAGAGACGUAGCAAAGCCAGCAAAAUGAGCGGAUCAUCCCAAGCGAGCUCGGACAGCGAUGAAGGAGAAGCAUCGCUGGCCACAAGGAUGGCUUCUUUGGCUCUACUGGCGACGGUAUCCGAGUCCGGCACAACUAUUGAAGCUUUGAUGACGAUCGAUAGGCUCUUUUCGGUGCUACUUUCCAACAUUGUGCUCGAUCGAUCCGAAGAUGUCGAGAGGAACAACUGGGAACAAGCUGACCUUUGGCCUACUGUCGCAGAUCCGAACAGGAACGGUGCUGACAUGGAAGCCGAGAUGCAACUCAACGGCAUCAAUCUUAGUCUACGAGCCAGCUGCGUACUGUUGAAUGUGCUGCAGUACCUGUCAGAACCUCAAGGCAAAAUUCUAAAGGGCCGAGGAGGAUUCGAGCAAGCGCAAAUGCAGACCCUGCUGCAGCAGAGUCUUGGCCAUCACCUGAAGCAGCUCCGAACGAGUUCCAUGCCAGCACACGUUCAGGAAGCACGCAGAGGUCUCUUGCAGGUGAUGGCCGAAUGUCUCAGGCUGGUCAAAGACAUGUGA